AUGAAUGAGCAUUAUGAUGUAAUCAUUCUCGGCACAGGACUGAAGGAAUGCAUCCUGAGCGGACUUCUCUCACAUUAUGGAAAGAAAAUUCUCGUUCUCGAUAGAAACCCCUACUAUGGCGGAGAAACGGCGUCCCUCAAUUUAACCAACCUGUACAGCACGUUUAAGCCAAAUGAGAAGAUUCCUAGCAAGUAUGGCGAGAAUAGACACUGGAACGUGGACCUGAUUCCGAAAUUUAUCCUGGUGGGCGGAAAUUUGGUAAAGAUUCUGAAGAAAACGAGGGUAACCAAUUACCUAGAAUGGCUAGUCGUCGAAGGAUCCUACGUGUACCAACACCAGAAGAAGGGGUUGCUCUAUUCGGAGAAGUUCAUUCACAAAGUGCCCGCCACCGAUAUGGAAGCGCUCGUCUCCCCACUAUUGUCACUCAUGGAAAAAAAUAGAUGUAAAAAUUUUUACAAGUAUGUAAGCGAGUGGGAUGCUAACAACAGAAAUACCUGGGAUGGUUUAGACCCCUACCGAUUGACCAUGAUGGACAUAUAUAAGUACUUCAAUUUAUGUCAGCUGACCAUCGACUUUCUUGGCCAUGCAGUAGCACUUUACCUGAAUGAUGACUAUCUGAACGAACCAGCUUACAAAACCUUGGAGAGGAUCAAACUGUACAUGCAAUCCAUUUCAGCCUUUGGAAAGUCCCCAUUUAUUUACCCUUUGUAUGGCCUGGGAGGAAUUCCAGAAGGUUUCUCCAGAAUGUGUGCAAUUAAUGGAGGCACAUUUAUGUUAAACAAAAAUGUUGUCGAUUUUGUUUUUAAUGAAAAUAAAAAAGUGUGUGGUAUAAAAUCAAGUGAUGGAGAAAUUGCCUACUGUGAUAAAGUAAUUUGUGAUCCUUCUUACGUUACGCAUUUAAAAGACAAAGUUAAAAAAAUCGGGCAAGUCAUCAGAUGUAUAUGCAUUUUAAGUAACCCCAUCCCGGAGACCAACGAUAUAAAUAGUUGUCAAAUUAUUAUUCCUCAAAAUCAGCUAAACAGGAAGAGUGACAUUUAUAUAAAUUUGGUCUCCUUCCAACAUGGUGUUUCACUUAAGGGUAAAUAUAUUGCUAUCGUGUCUGCUACCGUUGAAACGAACAACCCAAUAAAGGAGAUCGAGAAACCCCUUGAACUUUUGGGACCUAUUGAGGAUAAAUUUGUGAAGAUAUCCGACCUCUACGUUUCCACAACGAACAAACCAGACGAUAACAUUUUUGUUACUUCGUCCUAUGAUGCUACUUCCCAUUUCGAAACCGCCACUAAUGAUCUUCUUCAAAUUUGGGAAAACCUUUUCGGGGAGAAACUCAACUUUGAUGACCUCAAUAACAAGGCGGAUAAUGAAUGA